AUGGCGAGCGUAGCUGCCCAGAGGCUUCUGUCCUCUCGGACAUAUCUAUCGGCACGCUCUGCAACCCGUUUCUCGCCAGCUCGGUAUGCUACUAGCUAUGCACAGCCUCGGCCUGCAGCUGCAGCCAAGUUUACCACCACCACCACCGCGAAACCUGCAAAUGAUUCCAACCCAGCACAAUCAAAACCUGCAGAGACAGCUACUAGGCCUCCUACAGAUCUUUCAGCUGCCUCACCACUUCCAGAAAUCCUAGGAAGUGACGGCACCACGGACUGGUCCAGAAGUUAUUCUGGGUUGUCGCAACAACCAUUUCCCAAAGAGGUGGCUGAUGUCCUGCUUGCUCCGAUAGAUCCAGAUGAUGUUGAGGUCAAGCCAGACGGCCUUCUUUACUUGCCUGAAAUCAAGUAUCGGAGGGUAUUGAAUAGAGCGUUCGGUCCUGGAGGAUGGGGUCUGGCGCCGAGGAGUGAAACCAAUGUUGGGCCGAAGAUUGUUAGUCGGGAGUAUGCACUUGUCUGCUUUGGCCGUCUAGUCGCGGUUGCUCGUGGAGAGCAAGAGUAUUUUGAUCCUUCUGGUGUUGCAACUGCGACGGAAGCUUGCAAGAGCAAUGCUCUAAUGCGAUGCUGCAAGGACCUGGGCGUUGCCAGCGAACUAUGGGACCCUCGCUUUAUUCGCAAUUUCAAAGAGAGAUAUUGCAUGGAAGUCUUUGCAGAGCACGUACCAACCAAGAAGAAGAAGAAGCUCUGGCGCCGAAAGGAUCAGGGCAAAUUCGGAUACCCGUUCCAGGAAUAG